AUGAUUGACUACGACUUCCGUGAGAUUUACACUCCUCUCAUGGUAUUUAAUAUUGUGUCCGUCUUGGGUCUGAUAUUCAUAGCUGUCUGCUUUAAUCUAGCGGACUGGCUCGGCACGUCUCAUCCUUUCCGGGAGAUAUUUAAAGAUUGUCCUAAUUACGACGAGCUCGACUACCCGAUUCUGGUUGGCAGUACAAUCACCAUCAAACUAAGCAGACUGCUCGAGCUUGUCGUCUCUAGAGCGCUGGAAACUAAACGAACAACAACUUCAAAGUCGAAAACUUGCGCAGGUGCUCUCGGCCUGCAGGCCUGCUGA